CCUCGAAAGCUUGUUGGAGGCUGGAGCUCAACAAGCUGGUCAGACAUUCCAACCAGCAGCCAAAAAUCACACCGAGACACCAAAUUCACGAGGACUUGGGAAACGUCUGUCCCCCGAACCCCGCUACGCCAGCGCAUUCUGUAAUCGCUAUCUUCUAGGGGCAUACCGAUGCGGUCCCUCAAAUUCCUGUCCUCCUGAUUGAUCAAUUCGUCCCAAGUUCGCCGAGCUUUCUUGCCAACACAUCUCUGUGUAACAUUCGCCCGGCGCCGGUGUCUGGUCAGUCGCCAUGGUUGCGCCAGCUGUGCCCGAGCUGACGGAAGAGGUGCUGCAUGAGGCAAUCGACGCGCGUACCGAUGCCCUGGUCUCCCUGCGCGAGCUUGGUCCGCCGGAUCUCGUGCACUUGGUCAAGCAGCCCCUGAGGAGCGGUGGAAAGCCGACCGGUGUCUAUCAUCAUGUCACGGGUGUGGAUGCCUCGUCGUCUGCAAGCCUUGCGGCCUACAUCAACACUUUAGCGUACAAAGAAUUCGGUCCAUCUGCUACGUCAAAGACCCUCGAGGGAACAUAUUGCUGUUACAAUGCCUUCUCUCGGGUGGACAUGCGCGUGCAUGCCCCCUUCCCCGGCUCGGUAGAGAGCUACUGCAUCGACGAGCGAGGCGAGAAGCGCAAGGCCACUGACGAGCUCUGGCUUGAAACGUACCUCUGCAGCGUGUUGCGCGCCUACUCCUACGCCGACGACGGGACAGGCGACACCAUCAGGAAAAUUAUCGGCGUCAGGCGAUUCAACCCCGUGACCAGCACCGAGACCGAGCAUCGCUUCCUCGGGGCGGCCGAACAGCUGUUCUUCAGGGGUUGGCAACUGGGUUCUGACUCGGUGGUUCAGGUACCCAACGUCGUCUCUAACCAUCUUACAGCUGGCCUGCUGAAAUACUUCCAUACUACUGGUCGCUACGCGUCCGGCAUCAACCUCUUCGAGAAGCUGCGAGCCCAGAAUGUCGAGGUUGCAUCAUUGCUUGCAAAGGUUCUGUUCAUGGGCAACGAGGAGGUGCAAGGGAUACGCAUCCUCCACGAGGCAAUCAAGCAAGCCCCAAUGGACUACGUCAUGCUCGACACACAAGCCGAGUUCUUGCUCAAGAAGGCUCGAACCGCGGCAACCCCCGAGGAGAAAGGCGCAAGGUUACGCAUGGCUCUAGGGUGCGCAGACCGGAGCACCAUUGCCGCUCCUAGCGAGUUCGGCACAUGGGCCAGGCUAGCCGAGGUAUACGUGGCCAUGGAGGACUGGGAAAACGCCCUCACCACGCUCAACUCAUGUCCCAUGUUUACCUACCAGGACAAGGAUGCACCCAUCAUGCCGGAGCCGAGAGAUAUCAGUCUGCCGACUCUGCCAGAAACCAGGCUCGACGAAAUCGACAGCGAGCCCGAGUCGCGGUAUUCGGAGCAGGUGGACCCGAGCCUGCUGAACCUGCGGGCCGCUGCGUAUCGGGGGACGUUCAAGCACGCGUACGGCAUCUUGACGGAAAUGACGGCCAAGAUUGGGUGGGACCAGCUGCUGAAGAUCCGGAGCAACGUUUUUGUUAUGGAGGACGAGUACCGCGAGAAGCAGGAGUCGACCAGUUACCCCAAGAACCGUAACGCUAGCACGGAUGCGCUUCGCGGGACGCCGGAUCCCACCACGAAUGGUGACCCCGUCGAGGCCGGGAACAAGGAGGAGAAAGGCGGAAAUGAUGAGAGGGAGCAGGAGGAGGAGGCGGACCUCGAAGGUGACGAGAUUGAGAAAGAGGUUGAAAGCGAAUCCGUUGCGCAAACACUCGUUCCCAACGGCGGAGAGGACAUUGAGCGACCGUCCAGCGCCGUGGACCCAGAACUGGUCAAGAAGGGCGAGGACAGCGGCUCCAAAGACGACCACUUCUCGCGCCUUAACAACAAGCGCCUCUGCGAGCGCUGGCUCGACAGCCUCUUCAUGGUGCUCUACGAGGACCUGCGCGUCUACACCAUCUGGCGCACGCAGAUGGCGCAGUACCGGGCGCAGAGCAUGCAGUACAAGAAGUCGGCCGAGGAGUGGGAGAUCCUGGGCUCGCUCGCCGAGCGGCUGCAGCACACUGACGAGGCGGUCGAGGCGUACCGCGCCUGCCUGGCGCAGCGUUUCAGCCCCAAAGCGCUGGCGGGCAUCCUCAAGGUGUUUGAAAAAAACAAGGGCAGCACGCGCGACACGGUCGCCGCCACCAUACGCCUCGUCACGUGGCAGUACCGCUGGUACAGCGAGUUCUCGCCCGAGCUGCUGCACACGGUGCGCAUGCUCAUCGAGGACGAGGGCGCCGUCAAGAUCAGGAGCAUCAUCCAGGCCACGAACCUGCCGCAGAACGUGCUCGACCUGACGCAUCAUUACGCUGCGCUGUGCGCGACGUUCCGGAGCAGUGGGACGGAUGGCUGACUGCCGUGGUAGGGGAGGAUGGGAUGGAGAGGGGAAGGGCGAAGUUUGUGUUGUCUGGGGGAGCAAGCUGAGCAGGCCGAGUCUCUGUGUAGUUGUUAGUCAGGAGCCUUGCUGUAACGUUAAUCGAUACCGGUUUGGUGGAAGUUUUAUGUCAAGCUCGGCCGGCAGUUUCGAAUCUCGACUAGCCCGCAUUUACUGCGGUAGACAACAGUUGACGCUGAGGUCGUAUAAUGUGUAACCCGACUGCGGCUC